AACGAGUGGAGAUUUAAUCAUGGAAUCGUUACCGAAUUUUAAUGAAAAGCGCCUACAAAAAUGGAUUCUUGAUAAAAGAAAAUUGCAUAAUUACCUAGAAGAAAUGGACACAGCUGAGCUGCCUAAAGAAAAAUACGUUGAGCUAGUCGAAGACAGUUUUAGAAAUGGUUUCCUUCAAGCUGAAAUGUCUGAUACCUGCAUGUCACGAGUGGAAUCCAACAUAGAGCCGUUGUCAGGUCAAAUAAAACUUCACCGAUGUCGGCGAGACUCCUACUGCAAGAAGUGCCUUCACUCUUCGCCUUCAGUAGCAUACGGUGUCAGCCAUAGGAUGCUGAACAUGAUAAUGUAUCGGUUCACACGCCACUGCUAUUGGGUGUCUCCGGAAGAUGACGCUCAUCUGAUCGAUCAGCUGUGUGCCACCAUGUAUAGGGAAGCCGUGUACAUCGCGCGUCGCGGAUACUUUGCCCGGGAUCUUUUCUUGGAACAUGGGGCUUUGUGUCUAAUGAUGGGCUACAAAGAAUUCUAUCGUCGGAAAUGGUUUCACAAGGCAUUAAGCUGGAUAGACGAAGAAGGUUGUAUAAAAGAGUUUGUCAAUUUCGAGUUCAAUCGUACCAAACUAGUCAUCAGCAGAGUACUAGAUGAGAAAACUAAAAAACGGCUGCUAAAAGGAUUCAAAAAGUUCUUGAAGACCAACUGUGACAAACAUCCUAUGGCUGUUUUCACCGUUUUUUUGGCGAAUGCAGUCAGAUAUGCACUACAUUUUCUUGGUGGAUAAUAAUAUUAUGGAACCGACUUAAUUCCACAGAGAUAUGGGGCCUAUUUCAUAAAACUUAAAAUUGUACUUAAUAAAUUCAAAAGACAAUUCAAUGUGCAUUACGGAGCGUGUGAUAAGAAUAUUUUGCAUCUUUAUAUCACGCAAUGAACUCCAAAA